AUGGCUGACCAACAUCGAGGUGCUCCUAUGCCUGGCUUGUUGGAAGACUUGCGUAGUUUUGUUUAUUCUAUUCCAACAGUCACUCGUUAUCUUGUGUUUUGCACUUUUUGCUUUUCAUUGGGUGCCAUGGCUGGACUGUGCAAGCCAGAUCAACUGCUAUUGGAUUAUUAUACUGUUUUUCGUCGUUUCGAGGUUUGGAGGCUAUUUACUGCACAUUUCUAUUGUAGCGGACAAGCAAUGAUCUGGCAUUUAUUUAUGCUGUAUCAAAACUCGCUUAGUUUGGAAAACGAUCAUUUUGCAAGUCGGCCUGCAGACUAUGCUACAUUUGUCUUGUUUGUCAUGGGUGUCUUGGAUGUGAUUUCAUACUUUUUCGAGUUUCCUAUAUUAACAGAGUCGUUUGGCAUGGCAGUAACAUACAUGUAUGCCAUGUCCAAGGGUGAUGCCAUUGUAACAUUUAUGUUUGGAAUGCAAUUCAAAGCCAAGUUUCUUCCUUGGGUCUUGAUUGUUUUUAAUAUGUUGAUGGGAGGAGGCUAUUUUAUGUCGCUUAUUGGAAUAGCAGUUGGACAUUUGUAUUACUUUCUGGAUGUGGUGUAUCCACAACAAAGUGGCGGAAACAGACUAUUAGUAGCACCAGGAUUUAUAUCAAAUUGGUUUGGUCCACCACCGAAUGUGAUGGGAACAACAGGGAAUAUUCCCAACAUGGGAAAUGCAGGUAGAACCACUGCUCACACUACCAGUUCUGGAUCGACGCGUGGGUAUACUUGGGGAGCAGGCAAUCGACUUGGAUCUGAAUGAAUGUUCCAAAUGGAUGAUGUUCAUUAGAAACAAUGAUCAGUUUCUGAUCAUUUGA